GCCGCGCCCGAGCUGAGCGAGGCCGGGCCGAUGGGCGCUGCGGGCCGGGGCGCGGACCGGCGGGCGGCGGAGAGAAACUUCUGGAAUCCAGAAUGUUGUUUUUGGCCUAAGAACUUACCCCACACUAACAUCUUCGUGGGGUGGUGGCUGCUCCCCAAACCCAAGGGACACAGCGGCUGCAGUAGAAGUGAGGCACGUGAUGCAUUUCACCUCAGGUUGUGGCGUUUUUCUCUCACCCCAGCUGUGUGGACAGAGCCACACGCCCUCCAAACAACAACGGCUCUUGCGUGCAUGUUCCAGUGUUUCUUCUGUCAGAGAGCCCAGCAGAGCUGCAGCUCCUCCCGUGCCAGCCCUGAGCUGAGCCAGGAGUGCCCAGCGGAGAUGGUGAAGAUGACAAGGUCCAAAACUUUCCAAGCGUAUCUGCCAAACUGCCACCGAACGUACAGUUGUGUCCACUGCAGGGCCCACCUGGCCAAUCACGAUGAGCUGAUCUCCAAGUCCUUUCAGGGAAGUCAGGGACGAGCCUACCUCUUCAACUCAGUGGUGAACGUGGGCUGCGGCCCUGCGGAGGAGCGGGUCCUUCUUACCGGCCUGCACGCCGUGGCGGACAUCUACUGUGAGAACUGCAAAACCACACUCGGGUGGAAAUACGAACACGCCUUUGAGAGCAGUCAGAAAUAUAAGGAAGGAAAAUUUAUCAUUGAGCUUGCUCACAUGAUCAAAGACAAUGGUUGGGAGUAAAGUGAAAACUUCCUGUUCUCUUUUGAAUACGAUUUUGUGAAAGAGAUGGUAAAUGUAAUGGAAACAUAGGCACAUCUGAUGGCAGUGUUUCUUGAACUCGAGCCUCACAGGCGGCCUCUCCAGGCCAAUCCCCUGGGUAAGGCGUCCCUCCGAUCUGUGUCUUCAAUAACACGGUUAUUUCUGAAAAGUUUCAAUGACCUUUUUCUAAUUUCUCAAGAUGUAGAGAAAAGACCUAACCAACUGGUGACUUAUCCAUCCAGUUAACACCUUCUUUAACCAAUGCCUUUAAGAUAGUUUGGCUCUGCUCUUUCGUGUUUGAUAGAAAACCAGACUGAAGCCCCAAAGCCCACAGGGAGGUCUCUUCGGAGAGCCAGCUUUCCCUCUUGUUUGGAUAGAAGGUACGGUAACCACUUCUCCCCGAUUCGCGGAACAACAUGUUGGUUAUUCUUCUCGCAGAUGAGCUGUGAGGGCAGUGCUUAUUUAGGAAUCUCUCAGAAAUCUAUGAAUCUAUGCACCAAGGGUGUUUUUUAGCCUUGUUCAAAAACCGAGGCCACCAGUGAUAACAUUUUAGAUAAGCUAUAAAUAGAGAAGUGUGUCUAAUGGAACAUGCUGUUUAUUUAAGCCAGUAGCUUCCUUAUCUCACAGGCAAGUGAACGAGUAGUUAGCAGAGACAGUCUCGGGCCGGUGUGCAGGCACAGGCCCACGGGGGCUCCAGGUCAGGCACUGGGCGGCUGGUCCAUGGAGUUGAGUGGAACGCGCUGGACCAAGGGAAAUCGGGUUUCCUUUUCUACUCUGAUGUACUUGAAGAAAAAGAAUUAUUUUUUGCAUAUUUGAAAGAGGCCAGAGCAGGCUAAGCUUCCAAAUUUAACAUUUGCCAGAUAGUUUUAAAAUUUUUUUGGAAAUUCCGGUUAUAGUCGGAAGACAAGGUUUAAACUUUG